AUGGCUAUGGUACCGCACUCCCAAACAGACCUCGUCUAUCUCCCGGACCACGGAUUCGUAGGCGAAGAAGGCGCCCUCCGGAUCCUGCCCCAGAUCACCCGCCAGAUACACCGCAUAAACGUCUCCCGUAACCCCCUCGGCCUCGCCGGCAUAACCAUCCUGUUCAAAGGCCUCACCACUCUGCGCGCGCGCCACUCCUCCCCAGAGCUCGGGCUCGGCAUUUGGGGGCUGAAAGAGAUCAACUUUGCCACUACGGACGCAGAGGAUGAAGCGUUAGACUGUGUGCUGAGCUAUGCGAAGAAAGAUGGGUUCCUGCGGGCGGUGUAUAUGCAAGGGAACGAGAUCAGGUUGGAGAAGGCGGUGGAGAGUAUAGCGCUGUCUAUCAACAUGUCCAGGUUGGAUAUGCUGAGCCUGACAAACAAUACCAAUAUCAGCACUGAGGGAUUGACAAAGCUGCUCAGGCUACUGGACUCGCCCCAUCUGCGCGAGCUCCAUCUGGCAGCUUGUCGCCUUCCUCCAUCUAUGGCCCCCAUACUGGCCGACUUUAUCGGCUCGCCUCGUUCUCGGAAUAUCACCCACUUGCUGCUACAUGGCAACCAACUCGGCGGCGCGGGUGUCACCCAGAUAAUCGAUGCUAUAGAGGAAAGCAACUUUUCUCUUAUCGAAGCUGGCUUGCUGGCCAAUGCCUCACCACCCUCCGACGCUCCAGAUCAGGCGGUCAAGACAAAAGACGAGGCCAACGUGCUGGAGCACCAAGUGCAUGUCCGCCUGCCAGAGAUCCUGAAGCGCAAUCGGCUUUUGACAAAGAGGGUACGGAGCGCGGCUUCUCGUAUGAUUGCUCCGGCUAGAAUCAUCCUGAAUGCUCGCCCGCUCUCCGACGCCGAAACAGCGCGAAACGUCGUCUCUGCAUUCUCAGCUCCGAAUCCCGAAGCUUAUAACGCUUUCCGCCUUCUCGACCUGCCAGAAGAUGUCAUACAAGAUGUCGUCCGGCAUACGUCUGGUGACCCGGGGGCAUUGAGUCAAGCGCAAUAUACGCGGCUGAGGCUAGAGGCGAGCGAUAAGAAGGCGCUCAAGACUGCGGCCGAGGCGAGAAACCGGAUGCUGAGGGGGAAGAGCGUAUAUGACGAGAAGGGCGCGCUGGAGCAAGAACAAGUGAGGGCCGAGUGGCUAAAGAAAGGUAGAUGGGACAAGUGGGAGCAAGAUUGA